AUGACAUUUAAUAAAAAUGAUGAUAAAAAUCAAAAUUUUAAUGAUGAACUUGAUACCAUAAGCAACAAUUUACCACCCACAUCAGAAAAUCAAAAUUUUAAUGAUGAACUUGAUACCAUAAGCAACAAUUUACCACCCACAUCAGAAAAUCAGAAUUUUAAUGAUGAACUUGAUACCAUAAGCAACAAUUUACCACUCACCUCAGAAAUACCUAGAUACUCUAUAAAAAAUUAUGAUAAAAAUAAGCUAAAUACACUUGAUCACUUCAAAUCUCUACCUAGUAUAUCAAGUAUCAUAUUGAAGAAGAAUGAUAGUAGUCAACAAAAUAUUAUAGGCUGUAUCAAUUUAGAAUUUAAAGGAAUAUCUCAAUUAAUAUUCACACCAAGGGGUAAAAAAAAUAGUGAUAACAAACAAAAAAAUACACUAAGUCACAACAAAUCACUAUCUAAUAAAUAUAUAUCUAAAAAAUCUAGGGAGAAUUUAAAUGGAAAUGAAGUUCCACUCAUGUCAGCAAUUCCCACAUACUCCAGAAACCUAAGGGUUAAUAGACAACCAAUUAUACUAGAUCAUUUAGAACCAUCACCUACUACAAAUAAACAUGGCCGAAGGCCGGGCAAAGGGCCGAAGGCCCGUAAAAGGCGCCCCCAGGCUUUUAUAUGUGGACCCCCUCUAAGGAAAAUUCCUAGCUACGCCACUGCCUCACCCACACACUGGAGAUAAUAUCUGCAAAAUUGUUUUAUCAUCAUUAGAAGAUUUUAAAUUAAGUGAUAAAAUAAUAUCAAUAACACACGAUAACGGAUCAAAUGAGAUCAAGGCAGUACAACUGCUGCAAGAGUAUUAUCAAACCCAUUACUCGAAAAUUUUAUAUGGGCAUCGCUGCAUGGCCCACAUCAUUAAUUUAAUAUUAAAGGUGGGCUUUCAUUUUUUUGAGGCGAAAUUGGAAAAAAUAGAAAAUAUAGUUAAUAAAUUACAUAGCUCACCCAUAUUUAUGCAAUCUUAUAAAGCCAUAUGUGGGGCUACAUUAAUACCUUUAGCUGUUAAAACAAGAUGGAACAGCAAGUACCUCAUGAUAUCCGCCAUUAAUAAGAAUAUUGAUUCAAUUCAUGAACUGAGCGAUCAAGGUAUAAUAGGGGAGGAUAUUACCCCAACUUCUGAUGAAUACUCGUUCUUCCUAGAGUUGGAAGAAUUUCUUCUACCCUUUUAUCAAAUAACAGUAGAAAUAUCCACUCAUUCUCCCACAAUCGGGAUGACCCUAUUAUUCUUCAAUGAUAUAUUGGAGAAUUUAAAAAAUCAUACCGUGGCAUAUUCAAAUUUGUCAAUAAAAGAAGCAGCCACUAUUAUGUUAAAGAAAGCUGAAGAAUAUAGUCAUAAUAUAUUCACUCCAUAUAAUUACGCAGCGUCGUUACUUGAUCCUAGGAUCAAAAAUACCCUGAUUACAAAUCUAAGGGAUGACAUUGCAGAUAAAUAUUUAGAUAUAUUUAAAAUAAACUUUGCAAAAUAUACGUCAGAGCCAGAUGCUUAUAAUUUUGAUAAUUAUAACAAUAUCUCGAAUUCUAAAACUAUUUCAAUAUUGCAGGGAUUGAAAAAAAGAAAAGGAGCAUCAAAUGGCACUAAUGGUAAUAAUCAAUUAACGACAUACCUUAAUGAACCACUCGCGCCCGAAACCACAAAUAUAUUAGAUUGGUGGAGAGGAAAUGCUGAUCGUUUUCCUCAUUUAGCAAUGAUGGCCAGGGACUAUUUAUGCCAACAGACAACAUCAGUGGCAUCGGAAAGAGCUUUUUCUUUGGCCGGAAAUAUUAUGACUAAACUGAGGAACAGGAUGGUCCCAUCGACGCUAAAGCAAUGCAUGUCACUCUCUUCCUGGGAUAUAGAUAUAAUGUCUAUUCGUGAUGAAAUAUGGCAAUAAUUUCUCAGGUGUUACAGUAUAUGGAAUCAUAUUUUUAACAAACAUACAUCAAUUAGAGAGCGGGGCUUUAUUUAUAUCCUCUCUACCGUGCAAGACUCAUUCGUAAUAGGAAUAUGACAAUUUUAUAUAACGGAAUACGAAUUUUUAACAUAAUAUUUUAUAUGCGUUUGGAUUGGAG